CUCUUUAUGUACAGACUCUCUAAAUUGCCUAUAGAAAUACUCUAUCAUGUAUUCAGUUAUUUGGAUACAGAAGAUUUGGUGACAUUAGCAAGAAUGAAUACUUGGUAUGGUUAUUGGCUUUCUAUUAUGUUGAGUGAAAGAAUAGAUAAAAAUGUAAAAAACGAAGGCUGGAGAAUACAUAUUGAUAUUUUAGCAAAAUCUUAUCCAUCCAAUCAGUCACAUCCAACAUUUCCUUUUUCAACAGAACUGUUAUUAUUAGGUGAAUUUGCUAGAAUCAAUCCUUUUACAUUGACAGUUGAAUUCAAGUUAUGCCCUAUUGAUGAAGAAGGUCUAGAUUCCAUUACAGAUGCAACACCAAGUGAUUGCUCCAUUGUGUUAUUUGAUGACAUCAAAACCAAUAUUGAUAUUGUUGCUUAUUUUGCUCAGAUUGCUACUUCAAGACGACUGCAGCAUGUCAAUCAAGCAGGCGCAGCCAUGAUGAGUGAUAAGAAACUGUGGUACCAAUACAACCAUCACACAAAAGGUUCUGCAGUCAUGGGCACAGGUUUCCAAGUCAAGUACGACAUGAAAGAAACAAGGCAGGAAUUCAGAAAGUUGGUGGAUGCAUUUGAACAACACCAUGGUAAACUCAGUCAUGCACCUGCUAUCAUCUCAUUUGAUCGACUAUGGGUCUCGCCCGAAUGGUGGGUGAAGCAGAUAAAGUUACCUACACUUUGGAAUGAGCAACAAGAAGGAUUGGAACACAGUUAUUGGUAA